AUGGGCCGGCCAAAGCACGGCGGGGGCGACGACGGCGAGGAUGGCGACGACGCGACGGACCGGCUCCUGGACGCGCGCAAGAAGAACCCACGCUGGGAGCGCCCGGUCCCGUGGUAUCAGCGCAAGCGUGCCGUGGCGGCCUACGCCGCCGUCUUGAUCGUGCAGCUGGUCGCCGCCGUCGGCCUGGCCGUGCUGCUGGGCCGGACUCGAGCCGAGCUGCGCGGCCAGAUGCUGUAUUCGCCCGCAAACGAGGCCAUCGACUGGAGCGUGCAGGAGUUCAACUCGGGCAACGGCCUGCACGGCGACUUUAUCGGCCCGCCGCGGCCGGCGCUGGAGAAGGCGUGGGCGGAGCUCCUGGGGCCAAUGAACCUCAGACUGAGCCGGGAGGCCAUAGUCGCGUACCAUCGCGAGGGCGAGGCGGUGGCGCUGAGUGAUGGUACCGGCUACGCGGGGAGCUUGAACGUCUACCAUGAGCUACACUGCGUGAGAUGGCUACACAAAUAUGUCUGGAACGACAUGUACUGGCCCGACGCCGACGCGGAGACAAAGAGAAAGCACAGGUCGCACAGCGAGCCAAAUAAGGAACAGAUUCUGAUCUCACGAACCUGCAUGGGGGAUAUAGAUCACUGCCUCAACACGCUGCGCAAGUUCGCCAUGUGCCACGGCGACGUGGGGCCCGUCAUUUAUAGCUGGCAGCCGGGGAUCCUCAAGCCCGGCGCCAACGGGACGGCGCACCAAUGCGUCGACUGGCCGCGGCUCUCGAGCUGGGCCAGCGAGAGGGCCAUUGACAUCUACGAGCCCGGCCUGAUCGUCAAUCCAGAGCUCGGUACGUAG